AUGGAGGAGCAGGUGGAUAGGCUCGUCCAGAAAACUUGGAUCAAGUACAAAGCGACACCGAGCUCAAAACGCCUUCUCAUAGCCGUGUCUGGUAUUCCUGGAUCAGGCAAAACAGCUCUUGCCAAACUCGUGACAGAGGGGCUUAAUGCUAUUCACAAUGAGCAAGCUCCUGGCUGCGCUUCCACCCCCGUUGCAACAUCUGUCCCUAUGGACGGCUAUCAUCUUUCCCGUGCCCAACUGUCAGCAAUGCCGGACCCUAUCACAGCCCAUCAUCGCCGAGGGGCAGCGUUCACAUUUGACGACAAAGCCUUUCUUGAGCUGGUCAAAGAGCUGCGGAAACCACUUUUGCCAGAAUCGAAGACCGUCUACGCACCGUCGUUCGAUCACGCCCUUAAGGAUCCGGUUGCUGAUGACAUUCAGAUACAUCCCUCGUCAAGAGUUGUGAUUCUGGAAGGCAAUUAUUUAAGUUUGAAUCAAGAAUUGUGGAAAGAGGCCGCAGAGUUGAUGGACGAAUUGUGGUUUCUAGAGGUGGAUUUUGAAACGGCAAGAAGACGAUUGGUGGUGAGGCACGUCGUGGCUGGCAUUGCAAAGGAUGAGGAGGAGGCAGGUAACAGGGCUGAUGAGAUUGAUCUGGUUAAUGGGAGGCAGAUUGUGAAUCAUAGACUGGAGGUCCAAGAGGUAAUAAUUAGCAAGGAAGAUGAAAGUUGGCGCCCCGGAGGACAACGAGAUCCAGAGUAA